AUGUCGUCUCUCAUCAAGUCUUACGUCAAGCACGGUGUGAAAAAGAUUGGCGAAGGGACGUACGGCGAGGCUUACCGAGGAGAAGACGGCGUCGUGAUGAAAAUCGUGCCGAUGGGCGGCGAUGCCUUGGUCAACGGCGAGGUUCAGAUGGGUCCAGGCGAGAUUCGUUCGGAAACUUCCAUCUUAAAGGCACUCACGGCGUUGCGUGACCACGAAGCGGAUGAAAACGCGAAGAAUUUCACCGACGGUUUCAUUCGUCUUCUCGACGCGUCGGUGUGCCGAGGUCCGUAUUCAAAAAAGCUACUCGAGGCGUGGGACAAGUACGCAUCCACGGGUGCGAGCGAGAACGAAAAGCCCGAUGAUUUGCCGAGUAAUCAAUUGUACAUUUCGUUCGCGUGCGACGAUGGUGGGACAGACUUGGAACAUUUCGAGCUUCGAUCGAUGACGGAAACAGUCGCCAUGCUCUUCCAAAUCGUCGUCGCCUUGUCCGUGGCCGAAGAGGCGAGUCAGUUCGAGCACAGAGAUUUGCAUUGGGGUAACGUUCUCAUCAAACGUACUCGCACGAAGCAAAAACGCGCCAAACUGAACGGGGUGGAGCUGAACAUCCAAACCUCUGGCUUGGACGUCACGAUCAUCGACUUCACCCUGUCUCGCCUCACCACCGAAGACGGCGACGCGUUUUGCGACUUGAACGCCGACCCCGAGCUUUUCGCGGGACCGAAAGGUCACUGUCAAUCGGAAACGUACCGUCGAAUGAAACGAGUCACCAAGGGCAAGUGGAACAAGUACUGCCCGAAGACCAACGCGCUGUGGCUGCACUACUUGGCGGAUACGGUUUUGGAGCAAAAAGAUUUCAACGUCACCGCGGAGGACAAACAGCGACUCGUCGCGUUCCGAAAGCGAGCGCUCGACUACAAAUCUGCGGGCGAAAUCGUGUUCGACGAACUCUUCUCCGGCAUCUGGACUUCUGGAAAGAAGAACUAA